AUGGCAGCCUGUAUCUUCUGCAAGAUCAUCAAGGGCGAGAUCCCCUCCUUCAAGCUCUUCGAGAGCGAGAAGACGCUGGCCUUCAUGGAUAUCCAGCCCCUGAGCAAGGGUCAUGCUCUCAUCAUCCCCAAAUAUCACGGCGAGAAGCUGGCCGACAUCCCGGAUGAGCACCUGACCGAGCUCCUGCCCGUUGCGAAGAAGAUUGCUAUAGCGUCCGGCGCGGUCGACUACAACAUCCUGCAGAACAACGGCAAGAUCGCCCACCAGGAGGUUGGACACGUUCAUGUUCACAUUAUCCCCAAGCCAAACGAGACUGAAGGCCUAGGCAUCGGCUGGCCGACGCAGAAGCUAGAGAUGGAUGAGCUGAAGGCUCUCGCCGAGCAGAUCAAGAGCAAGGUGUAA